AUGCCGUCGGGUAGCAUCGAGGUGGAGUCGAAGUUCGCGGCCGGGCCGGACACGGAGGCCAGGCUGGCGGCGCUGGGGGCAGCCCUGGCCGGGAGCUCGUCCUUCCGCGACCUUUACUACGACACCCCCGACCUGCGCCUCACGCGGGCCGACCACUGGCUGCGGCUCCGCCAGGGGGCCGGCUGGGAGCUCAAGUGCCCCCCGGUGCCAUGUGGAGGAGCCGGAGGGUCCAGCCAUGGCCUGGAUGCUCUGUGCCCGGAGCCACCAGCAGAGGGCGCCGGAGGGUCCAGCCUCGUCCCGGCUGCCCUGUCCCCGGAGCCGCCAGCAGGGGGCACCAGAGACUCCAGCCACGUCCCAGAUGCCGCGUCCCCGGAGCCUCCCGCCGUGGCCACCACCUACCAGGAGCUGACGAGCCCCUGCGCCAUCGUGGGCCGGCUAUGCGGGGUGCUGGGCGUGGCCCCGGUGCCCGGCUGGGACCAGGUGCCCGGGGCCGUGGCUGGGCUGGGCCUGCAGGAGUUUGCCAGCUUUGUGACCCGGCGCCGCAGCUACCAACUGGGGGGCCUGCGGGUGGACCUGGACCAGGCGGAUUUCGGCUACGCCGUGGCCGAGGUGGAGGCCCUGGUGGGGGCCCAGGAGGACGUGCCGGCAGCGCUGGAGGAGGUGCUGCAGCUCCGGCGGGCACUGGGGCGGGACGGUGCCACCCGUGUGCCGGGCAAGAUGAGUGUCUACCUCCAGCGGCAUCGCCCCCAGCACUACCAGGAGCUACUCCGGGCGGGGGUCCUGGCCGGGGACCCGCAGCGCCCCCCCCAUGACAACGCUUCCGAGCCUGAGACGCUGGCCCCACGGGGCCCCUCCAAAGUCAUGGAACUGGGGGGGGGGGCGGAGGGCGAAAUGGGGCCCCCUAGCGCCCGGGGGGGGGGGGAAUUGGGCACGGACCGGCCCCCUAGCGCUGGGUGGAGAUUGGGCAUGGACCGGCCCCCUCCGCAGCACGGCGCCCCCUAG